AUGGCUGAUGAUCCCCCACUCCUGCAGCUCCCAGAGAUUACAAUGAACCACAUUCUCUAUUUCUGCGAUUAUUCGGAAAUCGCACAACUUCGGAAAGUCUGCCACUCUCUGCGAAACCAUAUCGACUUGUUCAAACCUGACGCCCAUGUGGAAGAAGUGCUUCUAGGAAAUGGGAAUAACGCUGUAAUUUGUUUCGAUUCAGAACAAGAUUCUAGAAUAUACAUUGAUUACAAAGAAGCAGAAGGCGGAUGUACUGUAAAUUGUGAUACAUUUAUGGGUCGCUAUUCAUUGAAAACUAUUUCUGGAAUGAAUCCCAUGGAUGUUCUCAUACAAGACUUCAAGAUUUACAUGAGACAUCUGAAGACCCCACUGAGACAAUUUCAAUUGUAUGAAGUCUGUUUUGACGUCCUCUUCCAAAUAAAGAGAAAGCAACCUCCAGAAUCUCAAAUUUUCCCUUUGAAAGUCAAUGAACUUGAGUUGUACGGAUUAUCAGCGGAUCAAAUUCUUGCGACACUUCCACUUUUUGAUGCAAACCACCUGAAGGACUUGAGAAUUGAAGGAACAGAGGGAGAUCGAUUAAAUGAGGAUGAUUUUCAUGCAUUUUUUGAAACCGAGCACUGGAGGAAAGCGGAGAAAAUUUGCCUACUAUCAAAUCUUAAUAUCCCGAAUGUCCGUCAAAUCUCUCACUUGAAGGAAUUCCAUGGCUCCAUAUCGAGAAUGACUGCAGCUGACGCGGUGUUUCUGAAAAAUACAUUCAUCAGCUCGCCAGUCUUCGAACGUUGCUGCAUAAAAGUAGACGUAGAUCUCAACUCAUUGCCCUUACAGGACAUAUUUGGACCAUCUUUUUUCGACAGAAUCACAAACUCAAAUCGUUGGUACUUUCAUAUUCCUAAUGACACAAACAGUGCUCUUCGGGUCGAUGUGAGCAGCAGCAACGAAUUUGAAAUCGCACGUAUGAAUCGCAGAUAUGUUGUUCCUGGGGCAGUGAUUAUCUAUUAA